AUGUCAACAAUACCCACGCCUGUACGCCCUCCGCGCUCGUCUCGCCACAAACCAUUUCAAAACCUUUUAUCCGAGAUCAAAGAGGGUGAAAUGCCACCAUUACGUGCACGUGUAGUGCGGCGCUUUCCGCAUGCGUUGGUGUUUGUCGAAAAUCCACCAAGUGUGGAAAUAAUUAGGCAAGACCAGUUCUUGGACGAAGAUGGUGCGUUUGAGGUGGGCGCUCGUAGGCGUGUAAAGCAGAAGUCGUGGAAAAACCCUCUGGACUGCGUCAUAUUAGAAAUAGGUACCAAAAUAAAGCUCCAAAAAUUAAAGGUCAAACCUGAUGGCACAAUACAUGUGCCCGUACCAAAUGAUCCACUAGAUGACACUGGAGAAACAGUUCAGUCAGAUGAGGCAGAGGUUCGUUUUAUUGGUUCCCGCUACUCAGAACAACUAAAACAAAAGCAACAAGCUGCCCAGGCUAGGCAGGACAAUUUAGAAACAAUUGCCAUGUAUCUCACAGAUACUAAUCCAGUCUUGCCUUUGCCGCCUCAACACAAUCCAAGAAAACCAUUGGUCCACUCAGCAGAAGUUUUAGCUGAACUCAAAGAGCAGCUGUCAAAUUUGUCAUGCUGGACAAAAAUGGAAGGCGAUGUUGAAAUAAGUCCAGGCACUAAGGUUUUCUACAAUGGGUCGAAUUUGUGCCUUUUGAAUGAUGCUCACAGGGACAGUCCCUCCAGAUUGCUGGGUGCAAUAAUAAAGGCACUAAUUCCACCGCACAUAAGAGCAAAUCGGGCGCUCACCUAUUCUGGCGGCAAUGGAGAGAGUGUGGGAGUGCCUACGCAAAUCGUAGCUGCAGCUAGAGGCAUGGUGCAAUGUUUUUUCAAACUUAAAGAACCGCUAGACACCGCUCGGAUUGUCGCCAGCCUGCUGGCUUAUAGUCAGCGCCCAAAGCAGCCUCUGCCUGUGUCUGCACCCCCAUCCACUGCAGGUGUUCAGCAGCCUAUCUAUACAUCCUCUUCUUCAAGCGCAUUUCCCUCAUCCUCUGCAGGUGGUCCUAUCCAUUCAUCUUCUUCUUCAAGCACAUUCAGUUUUGGCCCACAAGGGCCUGCUGCAACAGUGGUGCAAGAGAGUCAAACAUUUACUCUUUUAAGAAGUGCUACUGAAACCUUGAUUAAUGAAUAAUUUUAGGUCCAGAUUCUAGCCAAUUUUUUUUCGAUUCUGUUAAAUUUUGUUGUGACCCCCAAAGUAAAAAGUUUUUGCAUACUGUGGACAAAUCUCAGUAAAUGCUGUUUUUUUUUGUUUCCUUUUCUUAAAUAUAGUUUAUUUUUGUUUGUUGUGACUUAAAUUUUAUUUUUUG